AUGAAUGAUACUUUAAUUUCUCGUGUUUUAUCAACAAUUCAAUAUAAUCAAUUUCUUGCUGGUCUUAGUGGUGGUGUUGUUUCAUCAGUAAUUCUUCAUCCAUUUGAUUUAGUUAAAAUUCGUUUUCAAGUAACUGAAACAAAAUCAUCAAUUCAAAAUUCUUCUCUACCAUAUCGACCUCGUUAUACGAGUUUAUUUGAUGCAUUUCGUACAAUCUAUCGUGAAAAAGGUUUGCUUCAUGGUUUAUAUCAAGGUGUAACACCAAAUGUUCUUGGUAAUGGUAUGUCAUGGGGUCUGUAUUUAUUUCUUUAUAAUACAAUUGAUGUUUUAAAUACGAAUGAAUAUAAACGAAAAAAUUUAACACUUAAAGAUCGUAUUAUUUAUUCUACAAUAGCCGGUGUAAUAACAAUAAGUAUAACAAAUCCAAUAUGGGUUAUUAAAACACGUAUGUGUUUACAAUAUUCUGAUUCUAAAUCGAAUGUUUAUUAUAAAAAUAUGUUUGAUUGUAUACGAAAAAUCUAUAAAUUAGAAGGUAUGAAAGCAUUUUAUAAAGGUCUUACACCUGGUAUAUUCGGUACAAUUCAUGGUACAAUACAGUUUGUAUCUUAUGAACAAAUGAAAGAUUUUUAUGUUAAAACUUUUCAUACAACAGAAUUUUCAACUCCAGUUAUAUUAAUGUUUUCUGCUUUAUCGAAAUUAGUUGCUGCUAGUACAACAUAUCCAUAUCAAGUUGUACGAACACGUUUACAAGAUCAACAUCAACAAUAUAAUGGUGUAUUAGAUGUUAUUAAGAGAACUUAUAGUAGGGAAGGUAUUAGUGGAUUUUAUAAAGGUAUGGUUCCAGCACUUUUUCGAGUUGUACCAGCCUGUUGUAUAACAUUUGUUGUUUAUGAUUCUCAACCAUAUUCAGUUGUUAUUCUUGAUUUUAAUAACGAUACCCGAUUAGAUAUUGCUGUUGCUAGUUAUGGAACUAGUCAUAUCGGUGUAUAUUUCGGUUAUGGUAAUGGAAGUUUUAUGAAUCAACAGAUAUUCUCUAGUGGUUUUAAUUCACAUCCAUUUGCAUUGGCUGUUGGUGAUAUAGACAAUAAUAACUUAACUGAUAUUAUUGCAACUAAUGAUGGAUAUGGUAAUAUAGAUGUUCUUAUGAAAACUUGUUAA